GCCGUCAGUUCCAUUCUUAUCGCGGUCCGAGUCGAGUCGGUGCUUUAACUUGCAGAAAGGCUUCCCCGCCCUUCGCCAGCGGUUCCCAGUAAGGGAUUCUGUACUGAAACGGGUUGCCGGAACGGUGGGUGGCACGCGCCAAACAGUGGGAAAGAGUGGAGACAGUUGGAAAACCACCCCCAAACCGGACGGCACUACACAACCGCACAACGCAUAUUGUAGUGCAGCUGGUGAAGGCCUAGCCCAGGGGGAGUUCGCAGCUUGGAAUGGCACGCAGUGUGAGGCGGUGGGUGGUGAAAAUUUAACACCCAUCUAUCGGGAGCCUUGAACCAGAAGGUGCACAAGUGAAGGAAUAGCAACCACAAUAGUGGGAAAGAAAAAGAAGAAGAAGAAGGAUUGGCAGUCAGAUCAGCAGCGGUCGAUUGUUGUUUUGGGUGAAAGUUGGAUAGUGUGCUCCUUGUUGGCAUAUCUGUUGUGGGGAGUCCUGUCGCUGUGCUCGGAGAAGGGUGGUGGAUAGUUGGAAGGUGCAAGCAGGGAGAACGAAAUAUGUUGGAUUGGUGCACUCUCUCGUUCUAGCGAAAGGCACAAAGUGCGGGUUGUGAUUUUGAAAAUCGAAACAGGCGACUUGGAGCAAAACGAAGUUUCAUUGCGAGCGCAUUAGAUUGCGAAAGAAAGUGGAAGGAGGACUUGGUUUCUCCGGUGGGUGGUGUGCGAAGAAGGAGAAGAAGAAGCGAAAGGAGAAGUUCCUCAAGUGUUUGCGUGCGUUUGUGCAAGUGUGUGCGGGAGUCAGUUGUUUGGCGUAUCGACGGAGAAAACAGUGGAUUACUUGUGCAUGCGGCUGGAGAAAUUAUUCUGCCAUUUCGGUGACGUAUGCGGGAUAUGCUGAGCUAUUGGGAAUUUGCGAGUAGUAACAAGCAAAAACAGUGGUAUGCGAAUAAAUGCAAUUUGCAUGCGUAGAGCGUAAAUCUAAAAAAAUCGAUUCAAAACAAACAGACUGGAAGGUUUCUACAACCAAUCGUAUAUAUGAAAAAAUCUACUAACCGUUAUAAAGGCGGCAUUACACCAUCCCACUACCCAAUCCAUUCCAACCAGUAGUGCAGUGUGCUAAAGGCAGCGGGACCCAGCCAUGAUCCUCCUGUUGCUCAGCUAGCCGCAUGCCACACCAAAGAUAGGAACGAUAUUCGCCGAGCUUCCGGUUGGUGUUUUCAGCUGAGCGUGCAUCGCGUGGUACGGAAUUAUAGCCAUAAAACGAAUUUCUUAUCACCGUCGGAGCCACCCACAGUGCAUCUAACCCGGCGAACAAACGGAAAUAAUUGAGUGAAAUACGGCGCGCGCGGUGUCGGCUGUCGGUGCGGUACAACCUUUCGCCCAAGAAGAAGCAAAUUUUCAAGUUUUCGUGGGGUUAGAGUGGAAAUCGAUCCUGGGUGCACAAGUGUUCGGGGCGCCGAGGAUAGCGUGAUAGUGCAGCUGCAAAAGUGCAGUCCUUCAGUUUGUGAAAUACCUAUUCGUAUAUCUGUUGGUGUGUUCCUGUGGUUGACCCAGGGCCAAUGCGCUGAGGCGGGAUUCCAGUCAAGUGCGAAAAAUUAUAUUCUGUGGUCGUUGAAGAAAAACUAACGACGCUAGCGGGAAGGCACGUGCUAGUGAGUGGGAGGCAACCGUGAGCUUAGGUGUGUACGUGAUUCUUUCUGCCGGUGAAAAGUAACGGAUCUAACCGAAGACGAAGAAAGAGAAAAUCUUAAAUCCUGAGCAUAGUUUUGCGCACGAAGGAAAAAAGUGGAUUGGGAAAUGUGAAAUAUUAUCUUCCACUGGGGCUCGUAGCAGCAAAAAGGCAAGUGGCUGAAAAUAGUGAAGAGCUCAUAAUCAGCUAAAAGUUGACAUCACACUCUUACAUACUGGCCUUAGAAGUCGGGGUUGUGCUUUUACAAAAGUGCAAAGAUGUGAGAAAAUUAUCCUAGAAGAAGCUCAAACGACGAAGCAAAAGUGCUAAGUGCAAGUAACCUUCAGGCAAAGGGGGGAGCGAAAAACUGUGGCAAAAAAUAUUCGACUUGCUUUGCGUACUUUGCUUUUAAGUGCAAAAACGAAGUAAACGAAAUAUGGAGUAGAAGAUUGUCGUGACAAGAAGAUUUACCGGAUCGAGUAACUGCCCCAGUCAAGCAAAAAGAUUACUGAGCAAAAAGGAUUAGAUCCAGUUGGGCAAAACGGUUGGUUCGGAGUGCACAAGAAAGCUCUGGUGAGGUUUUAUCCGUCUUGAAACCAACUUGCGCUUUUUCUACUUCUUCUUCCUUUUCGGGCCAAGAUCCGUGUAACAAUGAUCAACUAGUGAAAAAACAGCUCCAGCUAAAAAUCCACACGCCCUAACCAGUGAGAAUGCAGCUGAAUGGCGCGGUAGCGAUGGCUGCUCCAUUAGAACCACCCGAGCCUCCACCCCGCAAUCCGGACAAAAUCAAUGCAUCACUCAAGCAGCUAGCCGAAUCGAAAACUCGUUCACUGGAUACGACUGAUAAGACAACGACUCCAGCCACCGGUGUUCGUCCGUUCCGGCCUAUCCUGUCACUGGACAAUGCGAAGCCAUUAUCGAAACCAUUCGAAUCAUCUGGAACGCCCACGUCGGCACCGGCCUCAUCGUUUGCAAACAGUAACAACAACGGAAGCAGUCACAACAGCAGUACAGAAUCGAAUUCUACCAGCACGACCGGGGGACCGAACUCGGGUUCCGGUACCAGUGGGAGCAGCAUCAGCAGCGCCGGUUGUGCCGCCAUUGACAACAGCCUUGCCGCCGAACUGGUGCGAGCAGGAUCGUCCGGAAAUGGGGCGAGCCCACAGGGAUCGGUGGGAGAAGGCGGCAACGUGGCUGUUGCAGCGGGUCAAAUUGCUAACAAAUUGAACCCCGCUCAACAGCAGUCACAGCAGCAGAUCUCGCCAACGCAGAGUGAGAAAAGUACCGGCACCGGUGGGAGCAAGGAACAGUCCGGAGAUAACUCGGGUGGCGAUAAUCUGUUUAAAAAUGGUGUGACAGAUCUUGAAUCACCCCAAACAACUAAGAUACGGAUGGAAAACGAACGCCUGACUGCAGAGAUUACCCGACUGAAAAAGCUGCUGGAAAAUUCACCAGAUGGUGCCGUUGGAGGAAUUGAUCUGUUAUCGGAUACCAACAGCUUCGAUGCGCACUCAACCGACGAUAGUGGUGGCCGGGUGGAAAAGCUCGAGAACGAACUUCGGAUAUCCAAGGAAUUAAUUCAAAGCCUCAAGUUGGAGCGGAAGAAACUCCGCUCGGACAAAAGUGACCUGCUGAUCCAGGUCAAACAGCUUUGCUCCUCGCUGCAGGACAAGGAACAAGAACUGAGAAACUUCAUCCGUAACUUUGAACAACGAAUACGGGAAACGGAAAACAACAGCGCCAAGCAGAACACCGAACGGGAACGGGAGCGGUGGUCUCUGCUAAAGCAUGCCCGCGACGAAGCCGAACGGUCUAUUGCUCUGGCCGCACAGCUCAACGCCAGGGAUAUUCAACUGCAACGGACCCAGGAACAGCUGCAAGAAGCACGGCGGCAGCUGUCCGGGUGUAUGUCCGACCAGGAGAGCCUGGUAUCGGCGGCUCCACUGACCCCUCCAUCCGGGCUGAUGACCCACACCCAGACGACUGCCGGAGGGUAUUCCAACAUUAGUGGAACUCCCGGCGAUAGGGGCUCGUGUAGUGCUGACUCCGGCGUCAGAGAGCUCAUUGCAGGGAGUAGCGAUCGGGAGAGUGCAGCGGGGGAUCUCAAUCUCAGCGAUGGACCCUGUGAAAAUGGGCCAUGCAUACAGGUGGACUCGGAUAGCGUAUCGUUAGUGUCUAGUCAUCAUAAUAUGUAUCAAUAUGGAACACCAAAGGAGCGUAGUCCUACACUGUCUCCGUUGAACACCGGGGCCUAUUCUCGGUCUGUUGAUAAUACUGCACUUUCCAACUCCUUCCGUUCAGUGGAACAACUGGGUUCUCCGGUGGAGAACGAGAACCAAACCUUUUCUAGAAGACUGCAACAACAGCAACAGCAAGCGCAAUCUCAAUCAUCCAAGACUGGCGGUGCUUCCUCGUCGUCCGGUGGGGGAAUGGGCCUGACCGGCCGUAGUGGUCGCGGCGGCACCUGGGGUAGUAUAUCGAGGGUAUUCGCUCGCAACAGAAACCGCAACAAGAGCAACCCAGUGGCGGAAGCGGAAGCCACCGACUUCCAGUGGAGUCCUCUGACCGAGGAAGGCUACGCGGAGAAGUUGCGACUGCUGAGGGAAGCUUCAUCGAUGCCGAUGGAGCGUUGGAGGGCAUCACAAGUGCUGGCCUGGUUGGAGGUUGCCCUGGGGAUGCCGCAAUAUAGUGCGCGAUGUGCAGAGAACGUCAAAAGUGGUAAGGUUCUGCUGGAGUUGAGCGAUGCCGAGCUGGAAAGCGGUCUGGGAACUAGUCAUCCAAUGCACCGGAAGAAGUUGCGUCUGGCAAUUGAGGAGCAGCGUCGGCCGGAGCUGGUUCGAUAUCCGACUAUCGGGCAACUGGGUCAUACGUGGGUGGCUUCCGAAUGGCUUCCGGAUAUUGGUCUUCCACAGUACGGUGAAUCUUUCAUGCACUCACUGGUAGAUGCUCGCAUGUUGGACACACUAUCGAAGAAAGAGCUUGAGAAGUAUCUGGGGGUCACAAGAAAGUUCCAUCAGGCUAGCAUAGUUCACGGUAUCCACGUCCUCCGGAUCAUGAAGUACGAUCGCCAGUCCUUGGCAAUGAGGCGGUUGCAAUCCGAAAAUGUAGACACCGAUCCGAUAGUAUGGACAAAUCAACGAUUCAUUCGUUGGGCUCGUUCGAUAGAUCUCGGGGAGUAUGCUGACAAUUUGAAAGACAGCGGAGUUCAUGGCGGAUUGGUGGUGUUGGAACCUUCUUUCUCCGGUGACACGAUGGCAACCGCACUCGGAAUUCCGCCAUCCAAGAACAUCAUUCGACGCCAUCUAGCGACCGAGUUCGAAUCUCUCAUCCUCCCGGCAAGAGCCACACUGGGCCAGGGGAUACGAACCGGUGGCGGCACCGUGGUCCCAAUCGCUAGCGGAAUCGGAAUGAUGCCCCUGUCCGGAGAUCGACGCAAUACAGGCAGCCUACGGUUCUCCGCAUGGAAAGGAUCACAGGGGUCCCUAACCAAGGCUUUCCGGAUAAGCUCCAACUACAAACCGCGUGGCCAUGGCAGCGGCAGUAACGGCGGAGGCAGCACAGGAGGCGGUGGCUCCGACAAAAACAGCGUCUACAGCUCGACCUCACCGACACCGUCGUUCAGCAGCAGCGAGGGUGGCAUCUAUGCAGCCGUCGGAGGAGGAGGCCUUCAUCACAUCCAUCAUUUGCCACCGCCGACGACCGCCCCGCCACCCGUUCCUUCGCUGUACUCCACGACGGCCAACCACAACAGCAGCAGUCCGCUGUCGUGCACCGCAGAUCAGAGGGCCAUCUAUCGGGUCAGCGCGCCACCGAUGGAUCAUGCCGGCUCGUCGGCUGCGUCGUCCUCCUCGUCGAUGGCCACGUUGCCUAAAUACGCGCAGCAUCGACGGGUGAAGAGUAUUAGCGAUAUAGAGGUGGUGGCCGCCUCCGCUGCACCGGGGUAGGGCCACCGUUGUGCGGAGAUGGAAAAUGGGGUGCAGUUUUAGACCAGUGCCGGGAAGCAGGGAAUUGAGUGUUUCGGAAUACAUAUUAUGACAGCGUGGACGUGUAUUGAGAAAAAAGUUUGACCAGAUGAUAGUAUUCAAAUAAAUAUUGCUGAAUGUUGUGACAAUGUGCACCAGAGGGAUCCAUUAAAAGGCAAAUGUAGGAGUGAAAUUAUAUUACCGAAAUAAUAAGGUCUAUGUGGUCUGAUAUUCAAGUCAUCAGGAAAGUUUUAAAUUAUUUCUGAACUCAACCAUAAAGACGACUUUAGGAAGGUCAGUACACGCGUAUCUGUAAAAAGGGCAAUAAAAUGAGGAAACUAAAUUGGAUUUAUCUAAACAAUGACAGUUAAUUUGAUCCCCGCUUCCGCUAUGCUAUUCGCCAGACAAGUAUGUAUCGACUAUGACUUGAAAAGAGAUUCCACUACUAGUUCAUGUUUCGUUGCAUCAAUCAUCAAGUAUACCUUUGAGUUUGAAUGCUUUUUAACACUUGUUUGUCCAUGUAACAUUUUUUUCGAAAUCUAUAUACAGGAUAGGAUAGGAAAAAAAGGCUCUGCUUCAAAAUCGCAUUCAUGAUCAGCUUCUUUAUCGUGCAAUAAUGGACUGCCGCCGGCCAUAUCUCAUUGCAGCGUUUUUAUAACUUGUUGAAUUGCUGAAAAUAGUUAACCUCCAGGUUUGUGUUUUGUUUAAUUUUUUUCUUCAUAAUGAAAACGAAGGCUUGUAUUUUUGAUACAAGAUUAUUUGAUGAACAUAUUGACCAUUCACUAUGGUGGAUACAAUUAUUUGUAUUUGAUGAUAUUUAUAUUGGCUGUUAUUAUCUCAAAUAUGCAACUUUUCACAAUUGCGAACAGGACUUGCAUUGCUCCAUUCAUGGACUUUCUGACAUUUCAGGAGAUUAUGAUAAAUCUAAUUUCCUUAUGUUCCUGCCAAAACGAAACCUACAUUAGUCAGUGAUCAAUGGAGUACUCACACAAUUUUCAAAUUUUCAUGCAAGGUAAGUAACAGCCAAAACCAGUUACGAUUAUCAUAAAAUAUAGAAAAUGUUCAAUAUUUCCUCCCACGCAAAUGUGGGCCAGCCUACUGCAGGAUAUACAGUAAAACCUCCAUGAGUCGAUAUUGAAGGGACCAUCGACU